GAUAUGGAGGAUGCUAUACCGGAACAGGAAACAUUCGGAGAUCUAAAGAAGAUGAACUGUGAUGAUACUUGUUGUUAUCUUAAUGGCAGAAAUGUAAGUAAAGAUAUUAUCAUAGAGAAUCCUAAAGACAUGUUCACUUUUUUACCGCCAAAAGAGGAUUUCAUAAAGGAGUUUAAAAACCCUUGCUGGAAAGGGAAAGAUGCUUUAGAUAGGGACAAUUUGUUUUGUCUCCCUUACUUUUUCAUUAUCGGUUUCACAAAAUGUGGCACGACAGAUUUAUUUGCAAUACUCAAAAGGCACAUUUUAAUAAGUUCUCGGUCCAGCAAAGAAACACAUUUCUUUGAUAGAAGAAGAAAAGGAAGAGGGAGUAGGAUGCAACGAGGUCCUUAUAACCUGCCCAGAUCAUUUAGGUUCUACGCUAACAGAGGAACCUACCGAGAGGAUUUGAUGAGAACCUAUAAAGAAAUAGAGGGAACAAACGUACUGUUUCACGGUAUCACUAUGGACGCAACGCCCUCCUAUGUUUGGGAUAACGAAUUCUGGGAGACAUUCCAUCCCGGUUAUAAAGAACCACCAGUAACUAACGCAGACACAAUUGCCAAACUGAAUCCUAAAACUAAAUUCAUAUUCUCAUUGCGGGACCCCAUCAAUCGGAUGAGAUCAGCGUACCAGUUUUUCUGUUCGUUUACCGGAAUAUACGCCUGCGACAGACCGAUAACUCCGGAGAAAUAUCACAAUCUAGUGGUUGAUGCAGUUGAGAUAUUUAACACCUGUCUGAAAAACAAUACGGUAAGAGCCUGCACCUACAGCACUGAAACCCACCAGCUAGCGACCCAUCUGUACGCAAGUAUGUACCACGUGUAUAUAGCGGACUAUAUGAAGUUGUUUCCUCGUGACCAGCUCUACGUUCUCCAGAUGGAGGAACAUAUUAGUGACCCAAUUACUUCUACUAAUAAACUCUGUGACUUUCUCGAGAUUCAGCGAUUUCCGGAGGACACUUUGCGCAGUUUUCUGGACAAGCACAAGACAAGGAACCAGUUGAAUGAAGAUAAGAGGAUUCCCUACGUCCUGCCCCAGACAACAAAAGUUCUCGAAGAGUUCUUUCCUCAGACAUCUAGUAGAUGUGUUGGGUGAUGAGAAGUGGUACUGGAAUCGUCCGCACUAACCUUGUCAUAGGUUUAGUCUCCAUCAUCAAUUAUACACUUUUAUUUUCAAUGGUUUAAUUCGAUAGUUCGUUAUAAUAGACUUCACACUUGCAUUUAUUUGAUGAGGGCGGUACUGCCAACUGCGGUAUGUACAAUUUAAUAAUUUGUUUCAAUACUGAUCGAACUGUGACCGACGGCCACACUUGUACUGCAGAAAACUUUAUG